CCUCUAGAUAAGGAGGCAAUGACUUAGACAACUGAAAGUGUUGCUUUUAAACCUUAGUCCCCAUGAUUUGCCAUCCCAUUAAUUCUACUUUUGAACCAACUUCUCUUUGGAAAACUCAAGGUUUACUAAAGAUGCGCAGAAUUACAAGCUCCAACACCGCCAAAGGCGUUGCUGCCAUUGUGGGCGUCGGCCCUCAACUUGGACUAUCUAUUGCCCGAAAGUUUGCUCAUGAAGGAUACACAGUCGCCAUCCUCGCCCGGGACUUAGGAAGGUUGUCAAGAUUUGCAGAUGAGAUAGCAAGGGAAGAGAAAGCGCAAGUGUUUGCAAUCAGAAUAGACUGCUCGGAUUAUAGAAGCGUUAGGGAAGCGUUUGAAGGGGUUCUUUCCUUAGGAUUUGUCGAAGUUUUGGUGUACAAUGCAUAUUACCAGCCGGUUUCUUCGCACCCCACUACCUUCUCCGACAUUAAAAUUGAUUCCUUUGAGAAAUCUCUUGCUGUUUCCUCCCUUGGUGCGUUCCUUUGCGCUCAACAGGUGCUUCCUGGGAUGGUGGAAAGGAGAAGAGGAACCAUUCUUUUUACUGGUCGCUCAGCUUCACUUAGUGGCAUCCCUGGUUUCUCUGAACUAUGCUGUGGAAAGUUCGCCCUGAGAGCUUUAUCCCAAUGCCUGUCAAGAGAGUUCCAGUCUGUUGGUGUCCAUGUUGCCCAUAUUAUCAUUGAUGGAGUCAUUGGUCCUCCCAGGGGGGCUCAGCAAGGGUUGGCUGGGGAGCUAUGGCAAAGCGGAGUCGGAGGGGACCAAACCGUGAUGACAAUGGACCCUGAUGCGAUAGCUCAGACCUACUGGCACCUGCAUGUUCAAGACCGGAGCGGUUGGACCCAGGAGAUUGACCUCCGUUCCUCCGUAACCAGAUACUCUUACACCCAUUGAUCAUAUAUAUGAUAUAUUAGUAUCUUCUCAUAUUUGCAGCCUCAAAUCAUUUAAAACUCCUUCGUCUCAUUAUAAUCAUCUUCAAUAGCUUUCAUUUCUUUAUACACUACAUAUGGUUUAAAGAUUUGCUAUGUAUAUUUACUCUCUUUUGUUUUUAAUUUUAUUUUAAGGAGUUUGAGAAAAGUACAAAAUA